AAAAAAGUGUACACAUUUUGAUGCCAGUGAACUCAAAAGAAAAGUUUAGCUAAAAAUUGCUUUUUUCCUUGUGAGAAUUCUUUGAAAACUGCUGUUAAUGAUAAGUUUCACAAUGGAACGAUAGGGCUUUCCCUCCGUCUUCUUUCAGUAAAAGUCAGAAAAAGGACAACGGGUGGACGCAGAAGCAGCAAAAAAUACAUUCUUCUAACUGGGCUUCGGUGGAGGAAGAAAUUUGCACCAGGCAGAAAAAGCUAACAAGACAAGAUAAAUACUCUCUCGAUGAAACAACCGGUGGCAUUGUUUUGGCUGGCUGUGUUACUGCUGCUACUAAUUGGAACCACACCCGGAUAUGCAGCAAAUGAUGGGGGUAAACAACUCAGAGACAAGGAUGACAGAGGAAGGCUGCCGUCAAUAACGGCGGCGGCUGCUGGCGCCAUUGGGGUGGGGAUUGAAGAUUGGGACGAUCCGCCCGAUGAGGAAGCCGGAUAUUGUGCUCCGUACAAUGGGAAAGUAUGCAAAUCGUUUGUCAACAGCCGCCAGGUGUGGUACAGCCGAACCGAUGGCACAGGAGGAUGGGAAAAUGAAAAAAUUACCGCGGCAUUAUUCAGGGAUCUCAUUAAUGAUUUGACCGAUUAUUGCAGACCGGCAGCUGAGAAACUCUUAUGUGCAUACGCUUUUCCGCAAUGUGUGAUAAAAGAUGGCGUUACGGUGCGUCUUCCGCUAUGUUACGAAGAUUGUGUCGCAACCCAUUUGCAGUUCUGCUACAACGACUGGGCUCUGAUUGAGGAGAAGAAGGAAAGAGGAGAUAUCAUAAAGUCUCGGGGACACUUUCGUCUACCAAACUGUGAAGAUCUUCCACGAUACAAUAGAAGCGCGCGCCCAUCAACCUGCUCUCACGUUGGUUUAACAGAACUGAUCCAGGAAGAAGUCACAUACGAUUGUCGGAUGGGUAACGGUCGUUAUUACUUGGGUACGGCAAACACAACGUCUACUGGCAUUCCUUGUCAGAAAUGGGACUCACAGGAACCACAUUCACACCACAAACCGCCCUUAGUGUUUGCGGAGUUGUUGGAUGCUGAAAAUUACUGCCGAAAUGCUGGUGGAGAAGAGCCGACCCCCUGGUGCUACACUAUGGACAAAACCGUUCGUUGGCAGGCUUGCGAUAUUCCACUGUGCCCCAAUUCGACCGACAUGAGUGCUACCAAGAGACCGGUCAGCAUAGUUAUGGAGUCAGUGUUCACACCAUCGAUGAUAUUUCUUCUAUCAGGAAUUGGAUUUGUCGCAAUUGUAUUACUUCAUCUGAUGGUAUUUCUGUGCUAUCGAAUUACUCGCUAUAAUCGUAACAGACGACAAGGUAGUACAGGCUAUAAUACAACGUCCACUCAGGAUACGCAAGGAAUAGAUAUAAACAAACUGCCUAGCAAUGUUAACUAUCACAGAACUGGUGCUCAGCUCAAUCCCAAGUUAGAAAAGCUAGAAUUUCCGCGGAACAAUAUUAUUUACAUCAAAGAUUUAGGACAGGGCGCGUUUGGGCGAGUUUUCCAAGCCAAAGCACCCGGGUUGGUUUCAGGAGAAGACUUUACAUUAGUAGCCGUAAAGAUGUUAAAGGACGAAGCUAGUCAAGAUUUACAGGUCGAUUUCGAACGCGAGGCUUGCCUGUUGGCUGAAUUCGAUCAUCCGCAUAUUGUGAAGCUUUUGGGAGUCUGUGCUAUUGGAAGACCCAUGUGUUUGCUUUUCGAGUUCAUGGCUCGUGGAGAUUUGAAUGAAUUCUUACGCCAAUGCUCUCCUUUUGCUCACCAGAACCGAGCCGAUAACAUAAGCACCGAGCUUUCACAUGGCGAUCUUCUCAGUAUAGCUUUCCAAAUAGCUUCCGGUAUGGUGUACUUGUCGGAGAGAAAAUUUGUGCAUCGAGAUCUAGCUACACGUAACUGUUUAAUUGACGAUAAUAUGGUUGUUAAGAUAGCCGAUUUUGGUCUGUCGCAUAAAAUCUAUCUUCAAGAUUAUUACAAGGGUGAUGAGAAUGAUGCCAUACCAAUUCGUUGGAUGCCUUUGGAAAGUAUUUUAUAUAAUAAAUACACGAUUGAGUCAGAUGUUUGGGCGUAUGGAGUAUGUCUUUGGGAAAUUUUCUCAUUCGCCAUGCAACCGUAUUACGGAAUGACCCACGAAGAGGUCGUCAAAUUUGUCAAGGAAGGAAAUAUGCUAAGUUGUCCAGAAAACACACCACUCACGGUGUAUGAUUUGAUGCGAAAAUGUUGGAGUAGGAAACCAGUCGAUCGACCUAGCUUUCCCUCUAUAUAUCAGAAACUUCAACAGAUACGAGCCGAUUUUGAUGGCAAGAUGUUGAUGUAGUAGUCAACAUGAUAAUCUCAUCUUGAGCAUGACAUUUUAUGCACUUAUUUGCAUUAUGAAUAGUUAAUCGAUUAUUUUAACUCCUUUUUGACUGAUUUUGUUUUUAUACUUAUUUUACAAUCGAAUUUAUUUAUUCAAUAGUUACGCGGAUAUUGAUUUUGAUAGAUACACCUUAAAUAUUUAGAAUGCUUGUAACGAGUUAGCUUGCGGCUGUUGAAAAUCCCGACAACCAGAUGCAAGAGGAACACUUUUAUUCAAAAACCUUUCCAAAUAAUGAAUAAGCUUGCAUCGGCCUAUCCACUUUGGAUGGCUUUAAAACACCAAGCUAACAUAAAAAAGGUUCGUCGCGUUAUUUCAUCAUCGGUUUAUUUUAACUUUUUCAUCUCUCAUUCUGCAUAUCAUUGAUGUUAAAGUAUAAUACAUUCACAAAACCAAACUAGCUAUUUAAAAAAUGAACUGAACAAUAAUUUAAUGAUACCCCUCUGUCUGAUCAACGCAUUAAAACCAGUAGAAAUAGAAAUAAGUUUCAAGAAACCGAAGAACUGUAGACUAAUGAAUAACAAUUGUGCAUUUACGACUACCUAUAACAUAUAUAGCAGUUGGUUCAAAUCCAUUUCCCAAUUACCGUUUUUAUAUUCAAGCGUGUUGUUCAAAAUAUCAGUUGUAUAGUAUUCAUAACAACCACAGUAUUAGUUAUCCCCGUUUCUACUAGCUUUGAAUUAAUAAUUUUAUAUGCAUAAACAAAAAAUCUGAAAAUUAAUCCCUACAAAAAAAAUUAAUCCUGGAAAGGUAAAGUUCAAUGCAGAAUAAGAAUAAUAUUAAGCUAUUUUUAUACCUAGUCAAUGAGCAAAAAAGCCGCCACUCGUCCUAUGUAAAAUCUCAUUCAUUGCUGGAAGAAGUGUACAAUGGUUGCAUUUAGCUUGAAAAAAUGUUUUUAAAAACAUCUUGAAACAGCGUAUGCCGCAACCUUCGGAAACUUCUAUCACUAAUUUAUUUGUAAACACAGAGGACAACAGGCGCGAUUGCAAACCAAGCGUGGGGCUUUAUGUAUAAAUCCAAAAAAUGACCAUUCGAUUUACUGCUAAGCGACCAUAAAACAAAACUCCACCCGAUGAUGUAAGAAUAUAUAUUGAACAAAUGAGAUGUGUUUCACGAA